UUGGUAAGGACUUUUCUCACGAUAUCGACCGAAGCUUUGGCCCAUGAGAGUAAGGUUAGGCAGGAUAACAAAAAAAAAACAAUUUCCAACACUUUCGUGUGAUCGUAUCGUAGAGCUGAGAUAUGCUUUGUUCUUGCAUUUGUCAAGAAAAUAGAUGAAUACAAUUUCCAGACAUUGGAAGACAUUUCCGAAACAAAAAAACAAACGACACAAGUAGUAACGACCGCUUCGAACCAUUUAAAAACACAAACUACGCUUUACAGUACUGAACCCGCGCGCAUAGACGAACAAAGCGACUGCAGCAAGGCGGCUAAAAACAUUCAAGCGGCUAGCCCGGUUUGUUGUGACAUUUCUCAUUAUCAGUUCAACCAGGGAAGACGAGAAAAGUCCCGUACACGCACUAUUAUCGCUCGUUUUUACACAAUUUUAGGCAGAAAAGAGUGCAGGGGCUGUUGAAUUGCGCCUAAUCUAAAGCAAGCACACCGGAGUCCGUUGGUCUGUUGUUAUCGAUAAAGAGGGCUUCACGCAUGUUCUCAGCUGUCGUCGUACGUGCGAACCAGCGGCGUACCCCACUCGACGGUCGGACUUUGGAUUGAGAUAAACCGAAUAAGCCGCUAGACCCGAACACGCGCGUGUAAUUACCGCAUUUGGAAGUCUCCCCCCGACCAUCCAGCAACGAGUCCCCAAUGACAGAAACACCUCAGGACACUCCGACGUCGGCGAAGAAAAUUCUUUGCGUCGGCCUGUGCAACAUUGACAUCAUCCAAGUAUGCGAGACGUACCCCGAGGAAGAUUCCGACCAGCGGUGCCAUGCUAGCCGCUGGCAGCGUGGUGGUAACGCAUCGAACAACUGCACCGUGCUGGCCAAUCUCGGAGCACGCUGUGAGCUGCUCGCAACGUUCAGCGAUUCGAAAACGUUUCAAUUUGCACUGGACGACCUACGGGACCGUAACAUCGAGUUCGGCAAGUGUGCGCUUCAUCACGAAGCGAGCGUACCGUUGUCUACCGUUUGGUUAAGUCUCGCCACCGGCACACGAACCAUCGUGCAUAGUAAUCCGGACUUGCCGGAACUGACGCUGGAAGACUUCAGGAAAAUCAACCUACCAGAAUACGCAUGGAUUCAUUUCGAGGGAAGACGCAACACGCCGGCAAUUGUUGCGAUGAUAAACUCCAUCCGUAGCUGGAAUAACCUUCCGGACAACCACCAUCGCUCCAAGGUGACCGUUUCCAUCGAGAUGGAAAAGCCACGACGCUCCAAUCUCGAUCUGCUCGUGGAUGGUGUCGAUGUGGUGUUUGUUGGAAAGGAUUUCGCUCGCUUUCUUGGCCACGCAAGUGCACGGGAUGCGGUACAGGCACUGAAGGACAGCCAUCCCGGUCCGUACACCAUCAUCUGUCCGUGGGGUUCGAGCGAUACGCUGGCGAUGGAUGGUUGCGGUCAGUGGUACAGCCAACGAACGUACCCACCGGAGGUGAUUCGCGACAGUCUCGGCGCCGGUGACACAUUCGUAGCCGGGUGUAUCUUCAAGCUAGCGCAAAACGAACCAUUACCGGCAGUGUUGGAGUUUGCGUCACGUUUGGCCGGUCGCAAGCUGGCCAGUUACGGAUUUGAUGGACCUUAAAAACAACCGACAGUGAACUUACACAACUACUAAUCGGAUGAAAUGCACACAGGCCGACAGAAUUGCUUCA